CUGGGCAGAUAGAAUGUAAUCUCCAGAUAAGACUCUUGUCUGACUACCACACCAAUGUCAGGUGGGUCCCACUGCGCAGUACGGGAGAAUACGACUGGUCAAAUUUUCAGCUGCUUUGGAAAGAAGUGACGGUGUAGUCAUGAUGAUAUCACUGCUGACGUCACUGUUGGUGGUGGGCGUGUCGGCAAGUUCGCCAGGAGUGGAAUUUGUGGGCGUGGGGUACAACCUGCUGACAGCCAACCCAGACGGAGGGGACAGCACCCUGGGGGGAGUCGACCCGGGGCUUCUCUACACACGGAAGGUAUUCAACAUCGCCCCUGGCAACAACCCUCCGGAAGUGGUGGUAGAGAAGCGACACAGUUGCGUGCACAUCCAGGAGAAUCACGUGUUCUACGGCAGCAAAUCGUACCAGGAUAAACUAGGUCUAGACGUUAAGUCUUCUGGUGGAGUGAACGCCGCUGUGGCUAAGUUUGCCUUCAGUCUCAGUGGACGUUACCAGCAUGCACGAGAGCAGACCAAUCAGAAGCACGAGGUGUUCCUGGACAACCAGAACGUCUGUAACCUCGGCCGGGCGAGAUACGCGGAUGAGCUGGUGCAGUCCUUGGGCUUUUCCGUCAGUACUAACUUUGCUGCUGCCGGUUGUGGACUGCCGUCUGUGUACAAUGAGACUAAAUACAUGGCCUUCAUAGACCAGUGGGGCACGCACGUGACGAUGGAGGUGGAGCUCGGAAGUAAGCAGAUCAAGAGGUACAAGAGCACUCUCAGUCAGUUUGUCGAGCAUGUCAGGAAGCAGGGAGGGGCUGACAUCUCCCUGGGAGGAUCCUACAUGGGGUACGGGGCCUCCCUUGCUGUCAACUUUGAGAAGUUCAAAGGCAGCGACAGCUACAAGCUGCAAUUUGGGGAUUUCCAGUACACGCUCGAGGCAGGAACUCCGGAACUUCCCGAACCCAUCGGGGUCAAAAUCGUUACCAUAGACACGGCCUUCAACUCUAAAUACUGGCAGAAGAUGGAUGACUUCAUGAGUGGCCAGCAGUGUGGGGAAGGCGUGGACACGGUGGCACUCAGUAGACGUCAAGCUAACGUUGCAAAGGCGCUGCAAGGUUAUGCUGCCUACAAAAUGGCACAGGGACCAACGGACCCCCAGCUGAUAAUCCCUGUGACGUGGCCCCAGGGUACAUACGGGCUGAUGAAGGCGAAGACUGGAUGCCCGGGGGGACGGGUCACGUGGCACGAGGGGUGGAGGUACGAGGACUUCGAGGACGUAAUGACUCACAACUAUGCGUCUGGACAGCUUCACCUGGCGGGGUCAUUUGGAGACAACAUACGCUUCGACUUUUGCAUGAAGGGGGAUGUGAAAGCCACCGAGUUUGACAUGAUGUGGCCGGCAGGGGACUACUGCGUCAUGAAGUAUGGAACCUGUCCUUCUGAUUUCCAGGAAGGGUGGAUCUACUGGAACGACGAACGCCAUAAUAACAAAAACAUGGCAGGUGGUGCCCUCCCUGACGGCGUCUACAACGACAACACGAGGAUCGACUACUGCUGCCGAGACGACGGGCUGCCAAUCCAUGAGAUCGCUCUCCCCUCCAGCAAGCCUUUCUUCCUUCUCAAGUACAACCGAGGGUGUCAGCGGGUCACUGAUAUGAGACUGACGGAGGAAUACGUAGAAACCGACACUGAGGACAUCUGGGGUGACGACUCACUCGGAGGAUCACAUCCGUACAUCGACGGUGGCAAAAAUCCAAGGAUGCACUACUGCUACUAUGCACCAAAAGCAAAAGUUUCAUUGAUUGGAUAAAAUUUAUCACAUGGA